AUGUUAGUAGAGGACCAAUCAAACAAAUCUGAGCAACAAAAUGCAGAUUCAGAAAAUUCAAUGAGCGCUGAUGAAGUCGAGACUUGUACUCCACUUGAAACUAGGCAAAACAUAUGCAGGACUGCAAAUGCCAUCCGAGUACUUUCUACCUUAGGCUUACUGAUUACUGUGGAAGUAAUCACGGCAAUAGUAAACCUGAGCACGUCUUUGAGUCUGGAUAUACACGAGAUGCUGGGACCAGAGUUUUAUGUACUAGUUGCUGAGAAAGAAGCUGAACGUCGAAGCUCAUUAGGAAGAAAGAGAUGA